GGGAAAGAGCCAGUGACCCCCGAGGAGCGAGGAGAGUAAUGGCGGGGCUGAGAUUCCCUCGGAUUUACCGCUGCCCCCUCCCGUGGGGAUCCCCCGUCCCGUCCCCUCCAGUCCUGUCCCCUUUCUCUCUCGAGAGCAACGAACAACAUCCAGGGUGACUCCCCCCUCAAAUCCCUGAGAAGUGCCCUGUUUUCCUCCCCCGUUUGUGUCCCAUUUUCUCUUCACUUCGCCAAUGUCCAGUUCAAAUCUCAGGUUUGGGGUGUUUCUCCCCCAUUUUUACCUGCAGUGAUUUGUCCUUGUUUAGGUGGGAAAUCGUUCCCCUGAGUGAUUCCUGAACUGGGCAGAGAGUUAAUGGGCAGAGGCUGGGGGAGCCCUGAGACAGGGACACCUCUGGGCUGGGCUGGCGGGGGAAGGUGUAACGUCAGUUUGAGCAACCCUCCUGUUUUGCAACUAGCUUCAGUUUCUUUCCGUCGUUACAGGUGUAACGUCAGUUUGAGCAACCCUCCUGUUUUGCAACUAGCUUCAGUUUCUUUCCGUCGUUACAGGUGUAACGUCAGUUUGAGCAACCCUCCUGUUUUGCAACUAGCUUCAGUUUCUGUCACGUAAGAAAACCAUCUGUGCUCCUGCUCAGGAAUUGCUGCCGCCUGGUCCAUGGGGAAUCUGGAGCGGUUACUGUUUCUGUCGUUAUUAAGGCACUCUCUGCUGGCAACAGGGCAUGGGAAGGCCCAGGAAGCAAAAGGAGGAACAAGCCUCCCCCCCUGGAGAUGGCCCAGCCCCAGGCUUCCCUGUACCAGCUACUUCCCCCCCACCGCCUGCUAGUCACAUUGCCAGACCCCACAGCCAGUGACUUUCACAGUCACAGCCAGCGAUCUUCUGACUCCAGCCCCACUCCUUUCCCCUGUGAAAGCCACAUCACCCAGGGCUCCCUGCUGUCCAUGUGAAUGUGAGGCAAGAAGAAUCCAUCCCAUUCUGUUGUUGAUUCAAUAUCAUUGUAUAAUCUCCUCAGAUUUCCCCUCUUUUCUCUUGAGUGAAUGACAUGAUGACAUGUCUUUUAUGAUGACAAAAUCUCCCCACAUGUUAAUGCUUGUCCCUUAUAUUGGAAAAUAUUUAGUUUGUGCCCCAUUUUUUUCCUCAGUUCUGAAAUACUGAACAAAUUCUCAAAAAUCUUCCCGCUUUUCUCUCCAGGUGUGUGACUGAGAUCAGGGUUCUUAUCGUACUGAGCAUGGCCCUGUUCUGCCAGGUGCUGCAGAGCCCCCAACUGAGAUCUGGGUCCUGUUCUGCCAGGCACUGAAGAGACCCCACGCUACAGAAUAACAUCCACAUUUCGCUCCAGAUCAACCCAUCCUCCCACAGGGAAGGAAAUGUCUGCAAUGGAGCUGGCUCAGGGUUUCCAGUUUCCAAACCUGAUGUGAUCUUGCAGCUGGAAUAAGGGGAACAGCUGUGGGUCUCAGACCUCUAUGGCUCUGAAAAAAAGUGCUCCCGAGAGCUGUCUGCACAGGUGAUAGGAUGGUGAGUGAGAAUGAGGAGACACCCCAGCAGGAAGAUGCUAAGCAAGUAGAACCACAUGGGACAUUAUCCGGAAGACCCAAAGGGAAUGUUUCCGGGAGUUGUGCACUCCCAGAAAGAACAAAUGCCUGUGAGACUAAGCACAGGCCAGAGGAAAACUUCAGUAGCCACUCAGACCUUAUUACACGCGAGAGCAUCAACUUGAAAGAGACACGCUACAGAUGCCAUAAGUGUGGGAAAAGCUUCAAUGGGAGCUCAGACCUCCUCACACAUCAGAGAAUCCACAGGGGAGAGAAACCCUACAUGUGCUCUGAGUGUGGGAACAGCUUCAAUCGGAGCUCACACCUUAUCAGACAUAGGAGCAUCCACACAGGAGAGACGCCCUACACGUGCUCUGAGUGCAGGAAAAGCUUCAAUCGGAACUCAAGCCUUAUUAGACAUCAGAAAACUCACACAGGAGAAAAACCCUACACGUGCUCUGAGUGUGGGAAACGCUUCAGUUAUAACUCAGUCCUCAUCUCACAUCAGCGAAUCCACACAGGAGAGACACCCUACACGUGUUCUGUGUGUGGGAAAAGCUUCAACCAGGGCUCAAGUCUUAUUAGACAUCAGCAAAUCCAUAGUGGAUGGACACCCUACACAUGCCCGGAGUGUGGGAAAUGCUUCAGUUAUAGAUCAGCCCUUCGCAUGCAUCAGAGAAUUCACACAGGUGACAAACCCUAUGAAUGCUCUGAGUGUGGGAAACGCUUCAUGGAUCGUUCAGCCCUCAUCACACAUGAGAGAAUCCACACAGGAGAGAGACCCUACAUGUGCUCUGAGUGUGGGAAAAGCUUCAGUCAGAGCUCAAACCUUAUCAGACAUCGGACAAUCCACAGAGGAGAGAUGCCCUACACAUGCGCUGAGUGUGGGAAGAGUUUUAAGCAGAGCUCUGCCCUGAUCACACAUCAGAGAAUCCACAGAGGAGAGACGUCCUACACGUGCUCUGAGUGUGGGAAAAGCUUCAAUCGGAGCUCCAGCCUUAUUAGACAUCAGAAAAUCCACAUGUGAGAGAACGUGAUUCCGGCUGGCCAAAGCUUGUUUUUUAAAACAUCACAAAUGCGAAUUCCCACAGAGCGACCUUUGCACUAUGUUCAGCGUGGUCUCUCAGCUCCCCUAGAUGAGUUGCCUGCUUCUGCCUUUUGCAAAUCCCUGUUCUUUGGGAUCAGUCCUGUGAUUUUUUUUUUCUGUCAACUCUUUUCCUUUUGAGCUGUAGGAGUGUGUAUCCGUCCAGCCAGGAAUGUUCUUCACAGGGAGAAGAGGUGAGGGAGAGAGGUUGGAUCCCAACAAGCUACACUGAGGUAAAAACUACCUGGGCCUUCCAUCCACUAGGGCUGUACAUGGCGUUGGCUGCUCAAGUUAGUGAUCUUGGUGUAAACAGACAAUUAUAGUUGUAGUGCAGCUGCAGCCCAGGUGCAGUGGUUGGCAUUAGCUUUCCCCUUGACCUGACCUAAACUCCAUCACCUUUCCUAAUCAAAACAAACCCUGAGCAUCACGGUUAUAUUGUCCCCCCAUUUCAAAGCAAUUGUUAAUCAGUGACAAUGAAAUUAAACAUGAAGUUAAUUAGUGUAACGUAAGAGGCUGAUUCUGUGAUAACUUUCAGUGUUACAUUAUGAUUCAGGUUUUCUUCUAGUUCUCUCCCUGCCCCCUCCUACUCUAUUGGAAAUGGGUGGCUAAUCCUGAAAUUAAAACCUCACUGUGAAGGAAUUAGAAUGGGGGAAUAUGUGAGAGAAAUAGCAUGCACGAGAAGAGAGACCCAGUACGGCCUGUAAUUAUUUCUAUUUAAAAUGGAAUUUAUUUUGAUAAAUUUUAAAAUAAAUCUUCUGUUAAGAGGAAAAUUACUUGAGACAAGAUGUGCAACCUUUUACCCAUUCUGUACAGGACUGAUAUGUUUUUGUUUGUUGGUUUGUCUGUCUCUCCUCCGGUGGUUGCUUUUUAAUAAAAGAAUCAUUUUGGUUUGAAA